AUGGCGAGCCUCUGGCUGAAGUUGGAGUUGAGGAGAAACUUGGCUCUGCAGGGCAAGCGAAGGACCUUUGGUCGUGGGAAGAAGGCAACUGAGCUGCAGCUGCAGCCGUGGCCGUUCGGGCGUCACGGAGGCGCCGAAUCGAUUAAUAUCGACAUAUUCGGCAUAUUUGUUCAGGGCUGGCAGGGAACAAACGGUGCGCCAAGCUGGCUGGCGGCGGAUGUGGUUUGCUGGCACCACUCGGGCCUGGCAAAGGGCCAGCGGGCAGAGAACAUGAUGGAGAACCGUCUUCCAGCGGUGUGUGGAGUGCUCAAGGUAGGAGGAGAUGCGGAGGAGCGCCGGUUGGUCGAGCCUGAUGGGACCGGGAACUGA